AUGCCAGCUGUCAGAAAAGGCAGGGUGACAAAAACCAAGGCAAAACAGUCAUCACGGCGAAAAUCCACUCAGCGUAGCUUGACAGGGAAGGCAGAUGAUGACCAGAAUAAAGAUCCCAAGCCACUACCUCUGGUAGAGCGCACCAACAGUCUACCAAUCGAAGACUUCACCUCGCUAUAUAUCGACCCAGAGCUUCUUGAUUACAAUUUACUAUGGUAUUCAAAGGACAAAUACAGUCGACAUGACGGCAAUAAGUCUCAAAUCAAAGUGCACUGCACCGUCGACGUCUACUCAUCCAGUACGAUGCCCGCUGAGGAAUUCGACGUGUGUUUCAAUCUCGUCGAGCAGACGUCGGCAGAUGCUUACAGGGCGUCCAGCUCGGGAUGGUCUGCGGCUCGCAAGCGAAAAGAGAUGCGAUUGCCUGAUAUGAAAUACCUUAUUCAGCGACGCAGUCGGUCAGGUUCACCUGAAGUGACCAUCGGGGACGGCAUAUCCUUCCAGAGGGGAGAGAUACUUGCGUUCCUUUCGUUUAUGGUCACGUACGAGGAUGGCAGGGAAGUAAUCUACUGUUAUGAGGUGCAUGUAUCGCCAAAGGCUCAGGGCCUGGGAAUUGGAAUGCAUCUGAUGAUGCUGUUGCGAUCAAUCGGGCUCAAAAUUGGCCUGGAGAAGGCUAUGUUGACCUGCUUUCGGUCUAACCAUCGCGCAUUGCGGUUUUACAAGUCAAUCGGUUACAAGGUGGAUGAGAACUCCCCCAGGUCGAUUCGGUUGCGGACAGGAGAAGUGGAGCCUGACUACUAUAUCAUGUCUGAAUCUCUGAAGCAGCAGUCGACACAUGAGAAUGACGGUGAUUGA